AUGUCUGCGUUAAGGAAUAUUAAGUAUAAUGAAGAGGAAGAUGGGGAAUUGCCCAGCCUAGUGACAGGUGAAGAGACRAAUUUACAAGAAAUACUGGAAAAUGUUUCGUAUGAUGGUGGGAAUAUUGUUAGCGACGCCAAAGUGGAAAGAGUGAAUAAGCAAAUGGAAAGUGUAGGUAAUAAUAUGAAGGGGUUACAAAAGAGGAAACGUAUCCCUGUGAGCAUCAUCACUGGUUAUUUAGGAUCAGGAAAAUCGACUUUAUUGGAAAAAAUAGCAUUAAAGGGUGCGGAUAAAAAGAUUGCUGUAAUUUUGAAUGAAUUUGGAGAUUCCAGUGAAAUCGAAAAAGCUAUGACCAUCAAAAAUGGGUCGUCCAGUUAUCAAGAAUGGUUAGAUUUAGGUAACGGAUGUUUGUGCUGCUCCCUGAAAAAUAUAGGUGUCAAGGCCAUUGAAGAUAUGGUGGAACGUUCUCCUGGUAAGAUCGAUUACAUUCUUCUGGAAACAUCCGGUAUUGCAGACCCUGCUCCUAUCGCCAAGAUGUUUUGGCAAGAUGAAGGACUGAAUAGUAGUGUUUAUAUCGAUGGGAUCAUUACUGUUCUGGAUUGUGAACACAUAUUGAAGUGUUUGGAUGAUGUUUCUGUUGACGCUCAUUGGCAUGGGGAUAAAGUCGGGUUGGAGGGGAAUCUGACUAUUGCACACUUCCAGCUAGCCAUGGCAGAUCGCAUCAUAAUGAACAAAUACGAUAAGAUCGAGCACUCGCCCAAUACGAUCAAGCAGUUACAGAAAAGAAUACGGGAAAUCAAUUGCAUUGCCCCCAUGUAUUUCACGAAGUAUAGCGAAACUUCGAUCGACAAGCUGUUGGAUAUUCACGCAUACGACAGUAUACGAGUAUCAGACAUUUUAGAUAACAGUGUGGGAGAUGGGACCAUUCAUGAUCAUCGAAUGGGCACGGUCAUGCUUACUUUCAGACCAUUAAGAGACGAGGAGGAAUAUACUGAGAGAUUCCUCAAACAAUUUUUGCAGCCCUUACUAUGGAAAAAUUUUGGGGCCCUGACUGUAUUGGAAGAUGGCUCCCAACAUCAUAAGCAUGAUUGGGAAGUGCAAAGAACUAAAGGUUUGAUACUUAUCGAAGGCAACAAACCUGCUGUGCGUGUGAUUCAGGGCGUCCGUGACACAUAUGAUGUCUUUCCAGGCCGACGUGAUGAUGAUGGCUCCCAUAAGGAAUGUAAGAUUGUUCUUAUUGGGAAGUACCUGGAAAAGGAUUCCAUACAGAAGCUGUUACAUAAAACAUUGAAUUAUAAGUAG